AUGGAUCUGUGGCCAGGCUUCGGCUUCGUCACCUUCGAGAGUGAAGAUGUAGUGGACAAAGUAUGUGAGAUUCACUUUCACGAAAUCAACAACAAGAUGGUGGAGUGCAAGAAGGCCCAGCCCAAGGAGGUGAUGCUGCCGACGAGUGUUGGUCGCGGGCGGGGAGGCGGCCGCGGCGGCUACGAUCUAGUUUGGUCGCUGGGAGCUCUCCCUGAUGGUAUCCAAGCAGCCGCGUACGCCGCCUAUGCAGGUCGCGGCUAUGCCAGUUACCCGAGCUUUGGGUUUCCUUAUCCUGCAGGGCUGACUGCCGCCAUACCGCUCAGAAAUGACAGCCCCAGCAAAGCCCUAACAUCCAAUACGCUCCCCCAUAUUCGCGCCGUCCCUGUUCUCACACCCGGUUUCCCGGCCGGGUGUGGCUACUUCCCCUCAGCCACUGGGGCUUCCAUCACGGGCGUGUCCCCCCAGACGCCCACACCAGGAGACGGGUUCAAAGCCACGGCUUACUACGACUCCGGCGCCGUCGCCACCCCCACCCUCACCCCUACCGCGCCCAUCACCCCUACACUUACGGGAGAUGUGACAGAGGAUAUGUUACAUUACCACCUGCAGGCUGAGCGUCUAGCAGCAGCAGGAACAUACUACGACUCCGGGGCCUUGGCUGCUGUCACCCUGAGCGGCUCUGGAGGCGACGGGCGAGGCCAGCAGCCUAUACAGGUGACGGCCGCUACAGCCCCGGGAGCGCCACACACCAGAGCUGACCAUAUCAACUCCUCUCCCAUGCUCAGGACUACAGUGAUGAACAGCUUCCCACAAGGGUAUGGGCCGCCCACCUCCCCUGCCACGGCUACCAGCAGGGGUUUCGGACCAGCAGGCUCACCAGGGCCCAUGGACGUGUUCUCAGCAGCUCCGGGUGACACUGCCGUCGGCUAUGUUCAGGCAGCCUCACCUCAGCCCUCUUCCUUCCCCGUCGCUGUCAAUAGGGGGCCCCUCAUAGCUGCUUACGCUAAUGGAUACCACUGAGGAAUAGACCCUGAUAAGCCGCUUGUCGCAAUAUAGUCAUCAUGUGUUUCAAGAGUAGGCGGAGACUGGAUAGGUGGUGGUCCUCCUUAAGUGAGGUUGUAUCUUCAGUCACCACCACUACCACCACUACUACCACUACCACCACCACCACCACCACUACCACCACCACUACCACUAAAAAUAAUAUAACACUAUAACCACCACCAUCAGCACUACCACCACCAUCAGCACGGGUCUUGUUCCGACAUGGUGGAUGUUUGC